CCCCCUUCCUCCCCUUUUUCUUUUCCUCUCCCCUCCCUCCUCUUUCCUUCUCCUCCCCCUUCUCCUCACAGCGUAACCGCCGCUCGGGCUUCUCUCCCUCCCUUUUCCCUCCCUUUCCCUCCCCUCCGGCCGCCGCCGCGGUAGGGACCUGGAGCUUGGCGCCGCCUCCGCCGCCGCACACGGAGCCAUGUACCCGGGAGGCAGCACCGCCGGACCCGUGCUUGCACCUCCUCCACCGUUGCCACCACCAGUACAGGGAUAUGCCUUCAAACCUCCUCCUCGCCCAGAUUUUGGGACUUCUGGAAGAACAAUCAAACUGCAGGCCAACUUCUUUGAAAUGGACAUUCCCAAAAUAGAUAUCUACCAUUAUGAGUUGGAUAUAAAGCCAGAAAAAUGUCCUAGAAGAGUUAACAGAGAAAUAGUGGAGCAUAUGGUUCAGCACUUUAAAACACAGAUUUUUGGGGAUCGCAAGCCUGUGUUUGAUGGAAGAAAAAACCUUUAUACAGCUAUGCCACUUCCCAUUGGAAGAGAUAAAGUGGAGUUGGAGGUCACGUUGCCAGGAGAAGGGAAGGACAGAAUAUUUAAGGUGGCCAUCAAGUGGAUGUCCUGUGUGAGUUUGCAGGCAUUACAUGAUGCUCUUUCUGGCCGGCUGCCGAGUGUCCCAUUUGAAACCAUCCAGGCACUGGAUGUUGUGAUGAGGCACUUGCCUUCCAUGAGAUAUACUCCAGUGGGGAGAUCAUUUUUUACAGCGUCAGAAGGGUGCUCAAAUCCAUUGGGUGGUGGCAGAGAGGUUUGGUUUGGAUUCCAUCAAUCAGUCAGACCUUCCUUAUGGAAAAUGAUGUUAAACAUUGAUGUGUCGGCGACUGCAUUUUACAAAGCACAGCCAGUUAUUGAGUUUGUAUGUGAAGUUUUGGAUUUCAAAAGCAUUGAAGAACAACAAAAACCUCUGACAGAUUCCCAAAGGGUAAAGUUUACCAAAGAAAUAAAAGGUCUAAAGGUGGAGAUAACACACUGUGGACAAAUGAAAAGGAAGUACAGGGUGUGCAACGUUACCAGGCGACCAGCAAGUCACCAAACAUUCCCACUUCAGCAGGAGAAUGGACAAACAGUUGAAUGCACUGUAGCUCAGUAUUUUAAGGACAGGCACAAAUUAGUUUUACGCUAUCCUCACCUUCCAUGUUUACAAGUAGGGCAGGAGCAGAAACACACGUACCUUCCUCUUGAGGUGUGCAACAUAGUGGCAGGACAAAGGUGCAUAAAAAAACUCACUGACAAUCAAACUUCCACUAUGAUUCGAGCAACUGCCAGAUCAGCACCCGACCGUCAGGAAGAGAUUAGCAAAUUGAUGCGGAGUGCGAGUUUUAACACUGACCCUUAUGUUCGUGAAUUUGGGAUAAUGGUGAAGGAUGAAAUGACAGAUGUGACUGGUAGAGUCCUACAGCCUCCCUCAAUCCUCUAUGGAGGCAGGAAUAAAGCAAUUGCUACCCCAGUCCAAGGAGUCUGGGACAUGAGGAAUAAGCAGUUUCACACUGGAAUUGAAAUAAAGGUUUGGGCAAUUGCGUGCUUUGCUCCCCAGCGCCAGUGCACUGAGGUGCAUCUUAAGACCUUUACAGACCAGCUGCGUAAGAUCUCCAAGGAUGCAGGGAUGCCGAUCCAAGGCCAGCCCUGCUUCUGUAAAUACGCCCAGGGUGCAGACAGUGUGGAGCCCAUGUUUCGGCACCUCAAGAACACCUAUUCAGGGCUUCAGCUCAUCAUUGUCAUCCUGCCAGGAAAAACACCAGUGUAUGCGGAGGUGAAGCGUGUUGGCGACACGCUGCUGGGAAUGGCUACACAGUGUGUUCAGAUGAAGAAUGUGCAGAGAACAACACCUCAGACUCUGUCUAACCUCUGCUUAAAAAUAAAUGUCAAAUUAGGAGGUGUAAAUAACAUUUUACUGCCGCAGGGAAGACCACCAGUAUUCCAACAGCCUGUCAUAUUCCUUGGUGCAGAUGUAACCCAUCCUCCAGCUGGAGAUGGGAAAAAGCCCUCCAUUGCUGCAGUUGUAGGAAGCAUGGAUGCUCAUCCCAAUCGCUACUGUGCCACUGUGCGGGUCCAGCAGCACCGCCAAGAGAUCAUCCAAGAUUUGGCUGCCAUGGUCAGGGAGCUGCUGAUUCAGUUCUACAAAUCAACCAGAUUUAAACCAACCCGUAUAAUCUUCUACAGAGAUGGAGUUUCCGAGGGCCAGUUUCAGCAGGUUCUCCAUCAUGAAUUGCUGGCUAUCAGAGAAGCAUGUAUUAAACUAGAGAAGGAUUACCAGCCUGGAAUUACAUUUAUAGUUGUGCAGAAAAGGCAUCACACCAGACUCUUCUGUACAGAUAAAAAUGAGCGGGUUGGAAAAAGUGGGAACAUUCCAGCUGGUACCACAGUGGACACAAAAAUCACCCAUCCAUCAGAGUUUGACUUCUACCUGUGCAGCCACGCUGGUAUUCAGGGAACAAGCCGGCCCUCCCAUUACCACGUCCUCUGGGAUGACAACCGUUUCACUGCAGAUGAGCUGCAGAUCCUCACCUACCAGCUGUGUCAUACGUAUGUACGUUGUACUCGUUCUGUUUCCAUCCCUGCACCAGCAUAUUAUGCACACCUGGUUGCCUUCAGAGCCAGGUAUCAUCUGGUGGAUAAAGAACACGACAGUGCUGAAGGCAGCCACGUUUCAGGACAGAGCAAUGGCAGAGAUCCUCAGGCCCUGGCAAAGGCAGUACAGAUUCACCAGGACACGCUGCGCACGAUGUACUUUGCUUGACAUGUUUUAAUGUUCAGCGACUCAGUACAGUACCGAGUUGGAUUCACAUCAGACCAGCUGCACUUAGACCAACAGUUGCCCAAGCUCCAGUGACAGCCAGCAAUGAGUGAUGUAUCUUCAUUUCUUUUUUUUCCCCCCCUUUUUUGCAAGAAAACCUUCCGUCCAGAAUUUCAGACUUGGUUAUGAACUGCAUUCUUCUACAGAGCCCCACGAUUGUUGGAAAUGUGGUUUGCCAAAGUCUCUUUAAGAUGCCUGUUAUAAAACAGACCCAUAUUUUAUAAUUAAAUCAAGAGCUGUGAUCUCAGGGCUUAGGGGAAAAAACAAAACACAAAACUCUUCAUUGUUUGCUAUUCAUUUAAUUGCUUUUAAUAAUUUGGAGAGAUCUCAUUCAUACUAAAGUUAAUGGGCUAAAAAUGCUGUGAAUUAGCUUUUAAUACAAAGGAAAGCAAAGUGUUUUUUGACUAUUUAUGAAGCCUUGAUUUUAUUCUCGAUGCAUUUCCAAAAGUUUUCUUUUCAAAAGAAAACAGUGACAAAAUCCUGCUUUCCAGCUGUCUCACAAAGGUUUUUCUCUGCCUGUCUGAGGGCAGAGAUGUCUUUCCUGAAGCUCCUUCUUGAAUGUUUUUUACUGUGCUGCAUUUAAAAACGUUUUUAGUUGACUAAAGAAGAAUCUUAAAGCAGAAUGAAUGAAUGAACUUGUAACAGGCGCAGUCAGAUUGGCAGAAGGAAAGGUGCCGUUUUUAAGAAGAGAUAAAGAAUUUGAAAGAUGAUUUUUAUUCCGUUGAAAUGAUACUGACAGGUAACUUUAGAAUUCGUCAUACAGGACUGUGACACUCUCCAAAGUCUCUAAGGAAUACGGGUCUGUGGUGAUAAAUACAGUACAAUCCUCUUUCACUGUUAUGUUUGAAUUAAUGUAAAUUUUAUAUGUGUUUCACAGUAUUAAUGUGAUAGACUAGAUGCUAUUAUUUAUUUUUAUUUACUAAGGAGUGCUCAUUAUACUUCUGUUUAACAUAUCAAGAAUGCUUUGGAUUUAGAAAUUAAAACCCUUAUGGUGAGGACAUUACUGUUCAAAAGCAAAAAUAUGCAAUUGACUUUGAUGCGAGAGUUCAGAGCUGCGUGCAGAGGACACUGCGCAGCCUGUCCUUUGGAGAAGGGCUUUUCAAAGCGUACACACAACGUAGCAGGCUGUACCUGUGCAGUCCAAGACGCACACGAGACCAACGUUCUGCAUCCAUUCAAGCACAAUCAGUUGUGUUUUAUUUAUGUGUUGAUGAUGGGUGAAGCUGGAGCUCUACGAGAGGGGAGUGGUUUGAUGUUUGAAGUCAGAUAAUCUAUGCAGUAAAGGUAAAUCUUAGGAAACUGAAGUUUACUUAGGAAGGGAGGUGAAACCUUCAUUAUGCAUAAGAGUAAACACGAGAGUUUGGCCAUUCUCUUUGGAGAAUUAACUGGGAAUUACUAGACAGACACUUCUGUUAGUUUGCACACUGGGUUCAUAUAAAAAAACAUAGUACGUAUGAAAACCAUUGCACUAAUGAUGAUGCCACAAGCAGGUGUAGAAGAAAAAAGGAAAAAGCCCAGGAAAUGUGUUUAUGCUGACUUGUUUUUGUUUAUUUUCAUAGGAAAACUUAAAAUCCUCCCUCUCAACGUGUGUUUAAGGAUGUCGUUCUCUUCCAUUUUGCUUUGUCUUUUCCCUUUUCUCUUAGCAGAUGCUCAGUCACUGUUUGAGUCUAUAUACCUCUAGCUGCUGCGCUGGGCCAGGAGCUUUAACCAAGGCAGAGGUCUGUGCCAUGCGGCAGGAGCCUGCAGCUGGCUGCUGCUCAGUAAGAUAGGAAGUGCCCAGCCUCUGCUGCAUUAAGAGAUCUAGGUACGUAACUCAGUGCAGGUUCCAAGCAUCAGCUUGUAGCAGCAUGUUGGCGUUGUUUGGGUGAAACAACCAUGUCAGUCCUAUUAGCAGAUGAGCUGUGUUUGUGUUGGUUGGUUGGUUAGCCUGCCGGGUCAGACCUUUGUCUCAUGAUGUGAAUCUGGCUUUUAAAUGAUAGACAGCAUAACAAAAAACAAACUCCACGUCGCGUCGUCUGUCUUCCCAUCUUCCAGCAGUCGGGCUGUCCGCACCUCCCUUACUCGUGCUGCUCACCUGCAGAAGCUUUUCCACAGUUGACACGUUGCACUUCUGUGUGUUUGAGUAAUGCGUUUCGGAUUUUAAUUGGGCAGAGUUUUAUAUAUGAAUUUAUUUUUAUAUGAAUUACUCUUAACAAAUACAAGAACGAUCAAGCAUUUUAAAGACUCCAGUUAUGUUAUUUGCUGCUUCUUACACGGAGACCUCUUGGAUGUGAAUUUUGUCCUCCUUUUCCCUCUCUGUGCAGUUCUGGCUCAGCUGACUUUGUGCAGAUGGGGUGAGGAGGACAGACAAUCUGUCUUGACCCCAGAUCUUAUUUCUGAAGCAGGUCACGGCGCUCCCUGCACCCUCUGGUGGGUGCGUUCUGUGGGCUGGCAUAGUAGCUGUGGACUCUUAAUCUGAGAGUGGCCGUCAUCUGUGGGUCCUCAUCUGUGUAGUUUUCCUUCCCUGAGUGUGAAGAACUUAGGGAUGGUUACAUGCAUUUCAGGCUGGUGAUGUUUCUGCCUUUCACUGACUUUUUAUCCUCUCUUACUGCUGAUUCUACAGCUUGAUUUCCCCCUCCUUUCCCCUGUUGCCCCUUUCCCCCCUGAAUGGUGAAUAAACAAAGAAUUGGAGGCCUUUCUCUAAAGCAGUGUUGAUGAAGUACACAGGUAGAGAAGUACAACGUGCUGUUAGCAUACAAGCUGUCUUUCUGGCAACCUUUUUAAAAUUCCAAGUGUUUGCUAUCCAAAAAGAAGAGGUUGGGGGGGACCACCAAGCACCUCAGACCUUCUUGUUGUUGUUAUGUGCUUACCUCCCACAGAACAGCAGUAUCUCAGGUAAACACAAAGCUCAACGUGUCUCUCUCUUGCAUGCGUUCCUGCUGCCGAAGUUGUAGCAGGGGUUGGCAGUUAUAACCACUGAGUCACUGUGCAGCUCAGGCCAGCAGUAACCAAAUGUGUUUUACCCUCUGGCAGUUGUGUUUUGAGCCUGUGCAAAGGAGUCGUGUGACUGCAGUUGCAAAAGAGCACUGGGCAGGACCUCUUCCAUUGCGUCCCUCGUGCUCUCUGUUAUUUUCCUGGCAGUGACCUUCUGCUUGAAUUCAGCUGUUGGUGCAAGCUGUCGUGGUGCUUAGCAGUCUGAAAGUUGAUACUGAUUGCACCCUGGUGACAAAAAUAUCUCAUUCCUGUUGCAGGCAGGAGCGCCGUUACGGACAAACUGAUGCCAGUAAUGCAGCAUUUGUUGUUUUUCAGAGCAGCUCACCUUUAAAAGCACGCGCUUGAGAGAUGGACAGAUAAUGAGUUGUUAUGGAUUAGCUUUCUGGAGUUUGUACUGAAAUGGUAACACUAUAGGAACAAAAAUACUCCAGUACUGAAGCAGGUGGUGGAAUCUCUGUUCUUGGAGAGGCUCAUACUUGGUUAGGUGGGGGACUGGGCAUCUCCAAAGAGCCCUCUGAGAACACAAUCUCUGUGACAAUCCCCAUAUUAGCAAAGAUAAAAUUGUAUUACAUCUAGUUGAUGAGAAAAGACAGCAUUGCUUGUCUUUAGAAGUUUCUGCUCCAGUGGCUCAACGGAAUGGAACAUCUUCUACCACCUGGGAAAUAGAGUUGAGUCAGUGCUUAGGAGGAAAUAUCCUAGUGUGAAAUGUUGGAAGUAGGUGAAUUGGUGUCUGCCUUAGAUGAUUUUGGCAUUUCAGAUAGCCCUAUGCAACAUGAACACUUCUUUUUUAUAUGCACUGAUAUAAGGUCACUUCUGUAUGUCAGAACUCUUAUUCUGACUUGAUUCGAGUUAGAGUGCUCCAACUGUAGUACUUGGAUUGCUGAGUUACGGCCAGUAAUCUUCCAUGUCAUAGAAGUUUUGGUCAAUUUCCUCACAUUUAGGUCUGUCACAAGGAUAUGAAAUAAUUUUUGAAGGGUAGGUGUGGGCUUUGAGGAUCUUCAGCGCCCACGUAGCCUUAUAUGAAGAGAUGGGAGUUCCUCAUUGAGUUAAGAUGCUUUCGAAGCUUUAUCAGAAGUCACGUGUGCUUGCACAGACAGACUUAAUGUUGAAAGCAGAUUGGGACGUGGAGUGCUUUGCACACUGCUGCCAACACUGUUUCCUUACUGCAGCAAUAAAUGGUCACGUGCAGCUCUCCUCUAUAAACCCCAAUCGUUUUCAUGCCAGUGAGUCUCUGUACCAGAGGCUUCUCCUUGUGCUGCAAGAGCAGGUGUGGAUGGGGGCCCUGCUGCCUCUUGGUGUCAUCCAGUCAGCAUUUCUGGUGGCACAGAUGUAUUUCACAUAGAAAAAAAUAAAAGAAUGUAGAAAAGGUCUGUUAAUCACACUUGAUACCAGUGUAAUAAAUUAACUUUUCCUAUUUGUUUUAAUACUCUACUCCUUCAGUAAGCUCUGAGUGUGUAUGCGUGUGUCCUGACCCCUGUGCUCUCUCAAUUUCUAACACAGAACAAUACAUUUUGUUACUUUUAUACAUUACAUUUGGCAGUGGGCUUCUUGUUGCACUCUUGCAAGUCUUUUCUAAGGAAAACUUUAAGUAGGAGGUAAUUGCACUGAUUGUUUUCAAACUCCCUUUUUACUGUAAGACUUUUUUUGGCAUCUGCUGUAGCUGUUUAAAAAUACUGUAAAUAGUGCUCUGUGUAGCAGAUCCUGAAAUGCUGUGGAUCCCAGGCCUUGUACUUCCAUUGUAGGAAUGCUGCCGUAUUUUACAGUAUGGAGAUAAGAGCUUUGGUUUUCAGUGUUGUUACACUUGGUUUGAAUUCUGGUAUGAAUCCAAGGGCACAGUUGCUUUCUCACAUGUUUCCUGGCAUCUUUCAGCCUUGUGUUGAGUAGAACCAAUCUCUGCAGCGGAAUUAUUAGAAUAAUAGGGAACUGGGAUGGAAGUUACUAUACUGGGAUGCAGAGCAGCAGGUUUUGUCCCCAGUGGGUUAGUGACUGGAAGGGUGCAUCCCUCCAAAGAUGCUCUCGGUCCGAUGGAGGUGAGGUUUGUAGUGUGCGCCUGGUGUGGCACACAAUCAGUUUUGUGCUUCAGUUGCUUUUCCUGUGUUGUUUCUUUGCCUGAAGUGCUAAUUAUGAAUGUAAUGGCUUGGCCAAAUCACUACAAAAGGUGUUUUUAUAGGACUCUUAGCAAGCAGAUGCAGUUCAAGGCUACCUCCUGUGUUCCUCUGCAGAUGUAAAGUGAACCUACUACUACAGCAGCCAAAAUGCUCCCAGAUCAGCUGUAUUCGUACUGCUUUGUUCCUUGUUGGAGAGCUGCUGGUGCCAUACUGUGAUCUUGGACGUCUUCCUGAUGUGUAGCCAUGGCAUGGACUUGUUGUAGUCUCACAGCUCGCAGGGCAGAUCGCAUCCUGCACUCCUGCUUUCAUGCAGUCCCGUUACCUUCUGCCCGUUCUCAUGCUGAGUUUGUAUACUGUUGUUUCCAGACGAGAAACGUUUUCAUACUUUAGCUGUUGGCUGAGAUAUCAUCAUGUUUUCAUUGCAAAUGACAUGAAGGUGCUUGAAGAUAUAUUUUGAAUCGGAGGUAAAAUAUCUAUAUAUAUAUUGGAGUAUUUUUUUUAACACUUUUAGGAUAGGUUGAUGUGAGACUGUAAGGUUGAGAAUUCUUUAUUCCCUGCUCAGACCACGUUUGAUAACUUUAAAAUGAAGGGGAAAAAAACCCAACAGCAUAUUGUUUGUCUUGUGUCAGUUUGGUGCGAAGCCUCGGCCUCACUCAGUCCUGUAGUAAGCGCACGCCAACUAAAGGUGCUUUCAAUAACCUGAAUAGAAACUGUAGAAAACUGCGUUAGUACGUCACCGUGUUUACAAUGCAGCCAAACAAGCUUCCUCGUAUUGUAAUUAACCACUCUGCUGACAGAAACGCUGCCUGGUUGGGCGCAGUGUGCAAACCUGAAAGAGCGUCAGGAGGAGCCCAGCACUGGAUAUCUAAUAAUGAGAAAUGCCACCUGUGCCAUGCAGCUGCCCCAUCCUCCAUGGAAACAAGGCAAGGUGAGACACUAUGCACAGCCCCUACCCUAAAAGGGCAGUAUUGGCGGGUGGGCCCCUGAAAGCUGGGCUCUGCUUUCAGCCUUGAUAUUGCAGAGGGUUUAGGAUUUGGUUGGAGUGAGGACAGGGACACGUGCUGAAUUUACUUACAGGUGAGAGGUUGGUGGGAGCUGGUCUUGGAGUUUUGCACUUGGCAGCGCUAGAAAUGUGAAUGGCUGCUGCUCCCUUCCUCCUUUCUAAUCAUCUUCAGAAGAAUAACUGUUUAGUUUGUCCCUGUACUGCCUCAACAGAUGAGUCUUAAACUACCUGUGGCAGCUCUCCAGCCAGCCAGCCUACCCAUCGUUCUGAAGAGCCUCCAGUUGGCAUCACAAAGCAGUGUUAAAGGGUGUAUUUGUUUGUAAAUAUGACUUUGCAUGCACAGAUUGUCUCCCCCAUCCUUUUGGAUGUGCUGUGAAAUACCAGCUGGAAUAGCUGCUAUCUCGGCAGCAGUUGCAGAUAUGACUUAACCUCAGAGGAAAUUUGUCAAUUGGCCCUAAAACAUAAAUUUAAUCAUUUAGGACCCUGAAAAAUGAGUUGAGUUGCCCAUUUUUGGUUUUGAGUGUGCUUGGCAAUCAUGAGCGGUGAGAAAGGUCAGCAGCCAAGUUCAGGAGUUUCUGAUCCCCUCUCUGGUUCAGUUUGUAUCUCCUUGGUUAGAUUUCUCAUCAGAACAAAUGCACGUGAUGUGGAUUCUGUUCUUCCUUUAUCGGCUUUUCCUGUUCCCACAUAUACAGACAGGAAGCUUCAUUCUUAUCAGGGUAUUAGAGCUGUGUGGUUGUGCUUGCCAUGCACACGACUCAAAGCAGAUGUGGUGUGUGCUAUGUGGGCCCAUCAGGUAUGGACACAGCAGGCAGAGAAGUGCGUAUCCAGAUUUCACUAAUAUUAGCUAUUACAUUAGCUGGAGAUGGUCAGAACUGGCUGUUUCUGUGCUAUGAAGAUGGAGGUAAUACUGACCCCGGUUCUUUUGUUCCUCAUUUUCACAUUAGACAUGUAAGGCUGAACCUUAAAUUUCUCAUCUCAUUUACAAGCGACAGUGCUGUUAUUUUAUCUUAAAUACCGUGUCUCCAAUUGCCUGCCUGACUUGAAUCUUUAAUUGAUCUUAAAUUACCUCUCACUGUUUAAUCCCAGAAUGUCUCUAAAUUAAAUGAAGAUUGUCGUAUGUGCCCAUUUUUUUUAUUACCUACUGUUCAGCAGCAGAAAUAGUUCAUGGUGUUUUUUUUGUUGUUGUAUGGAGGGAAGGGUGAGAUAAUGUAUGAAUUCGCUCAUGGUGGAAGAUGGAUUUGAGGAGUAAUUACUGGUAGACCGUCUGGGAAAGCAACGCGUUGUUGUCUUUUGGCCGCGUUUCUGUGCAGCAAAGUGGUUAAACUGAGGAUGGGAGGAUGAGACGGAGAUCAGGAUGCAUUAAAUGCAUUUUCCUUUAAUUGGGUACUUUGCAGACUUAAUGAACAUCUACUAAGGUUCAAAUCCUUUCUUUUAAUAUUUUAAAUUUCUUUUUAUUAAAAAAAAAAAAAAGGCAAAAGAACCAAUGAUUAACUCAGAAAUGUUGUAUUGUAUUGCAUUCCCUGGAAACAAAUAUGUUUUAAUAGCCAUUUUACUAUUUUUUUUGAAAGCAAAAGGUGUUAAGGGCCUCAUUUCAAGUGGUACAAAGCGUGUGUUGACUGCGUUGCACCCGCAUUAAAGUCGUGUGCUUGCAGCACGUCAUUGCUGUGGUGCUGGCUGGGUAAGACUGGCACUUCUCAUACAAAAAACCAGGUGUAGGCAUACCCUCACCUGGCUUUAAAAUGCAUCAGCGGCGUUGUAGGGCUUGUUGCAGAGCUGAGGUUGCUCUGUGCUACUCAGAACUGCUGAUGCUCUGUGUGGGUGCAGGGAGUCGAAAUGUCGUAUGGAUCUUGAUGAUGUAGCAGAGUUUGCAUGAUGCUGUGCGGUGAUGCCACUUUAAGCCUUAAAACAAAGAUAAAUCUGUCAGAUUUUCUCAGAGUAUGCAAAAAAUACUGUUUAAUGAGAGUAGGAUGUUCCUGUAAAGCUAAACUAGUAAAAAAAAGACAUUGUGUUCUCUGAGCUGGAAAGGGAAACCCGUAGAUCUCUAUACUGUGACCGACCUCUGUAGGCAGUGGCUGUCACUGUGGCCCCGUAGAAGCUGAUGAGGUGCUCUGGCAGCCUGCCCCAAUUCUCAGUUCCCAGCUUUAUGUGUUGGAUGUGUUGUGCCCCCUCCCCCUGCUAUAGGAGAUGUCUGCCUGGAGGAGGAUGAUGACUUAGCGCUUACUUGGUGUUGGCAGAACUCUUCUCCAGCUGUGUGCUUGCUUCAUAGUGCCAUCGCUCCCCUUCCUGCACCCGACGUCUGAUCCUUAAACCAUUUGAACCGGGGGCAAACCGAGCAGCGGGGACCCAGCUUUCUUUAUCCGUUUGGAUCUACCUCAUGUAAACAGUUGGGUGCUAUUUACUCAAAUAGUCUCAGAUGAGAUUGGCAAACAGCGACCAAACCAUGUGUGAUGGCCGCCCUGGGCAGAGGCCAUCCUCCACAACCCAACCCUUUGGGUUUCUUCUUUGCAGAUGACAGUGUUGUAUUUGAGUCGUGUCCUUCGUGCCUUUGUGUUUGGGGUUUUUUUGUUUGUUUGUUUCCCAGUGCAUAACAAUCAAAGGUCGUGUCCUUGAUUAAGAACAGCCAAUGAAUUUUAACCACAGAGUUUCAAUUUAAAAAAGCAGCCAAGUGGUUUCAGCAGAUGUUAUUUGUUGGAGCAUCAGAUCCAGGCAUACAGUAACAGCAGAACUGGGCCAAGAGAAAUAGCCAACAGAGAAUCCCUACCCUAUGGAGCUGUACCUCUGUGCAUCCAUCCAUCCGUAUGCAUAUAUGUGUGUGUGCAUAAGAUGGAAGGGUAUGCGGGUAAAGGAAUAAAAAAUCAUCGACUUUUCCACAGUUUUCUAUGGAACAGUUUACAACUCUGUGUAAGUUUUUCUACUAUGGGAACCUUUUUUUUUUUCAACAUUUAAAAACAAACAAAAAAUAAAUAAAAAUAAUUCCUUUUUGGAAAACUUAAGUAGUGAUAUAUACUAUCUUGAAGUUGGGGAAAAAAAAAAUCAACCAGCUUUUUACCAAUACCUAAUUGGGGGGUGGGGGGGAAUUUCUUCUGUAUAACUGUAUUUAGUUGGAAUAGUAAAGGAAAAUGAUGUAUAGGAUUGUACAAGUGCUGACAUUCCGUGGUGGCAGGACUUCCAAGCGUUUCCUAAGGCUUUCUGCUGCAGAGAGACUCGAACAAAAAGGAAAAUGCCUCUGUUAAAUGUUUUUUUUAUAAAACUGCUCCAUCAGGUCUAUACUUAAGCUAUAUUUUCUACAGCCUAAUCAUCCUUUAAUAUGCUGCAUAUAAAUUAUCAGCAUGGUUGCACUUUCUCAGUAAUAAUGUAUGCCCUACAAUUGGCUCGCGGUAAGGACGUUAGUUUUUUAACAGAACAGAUAGUACUUUGGGCAGAAGGUAAUAUUUAUAUAGGUACCUCAAGAAAAAAAAUAAAAAAUAAAAAAGAGCCUGAAUAUGCUGCAUUUUGUUCCUUUAACAUUUUUCAUGUAGCAUUUGUUUGCUUUUGUUUUUGUAGUAGACGACCAGCUACCUGUUUGCUUUGGGGGACCCCAGUAGCGUUUUCUGUUCCGCUCGUAGGAUGUCACGUCCUGCCUUGGUUGCAUGCAGAAGCUCGGGACGGGGUUAGCCCUGCAUUGCGUAUGCAACGGGGAGGGGGGACCACGAGGACAUUGCUUUAGGCUUCAGGAAAAGGAUACCACGUUCCUAAAACAGACAAUAGAUGUUCUGAGUGGCGAGUUUGUUGUGCCGCUGUCUGGACUCUUUAGAAUGCAGGGAGGAGGCAGCUGAUGAAAGAGGGAAGCCCAGCAGGCCGAGCUUACCCUGUUGGUCCAUGUUCUGAGGUGGCUUUGUGGAGAGCUGCUCCCUGCGCUGUGCCCCGCGCACUAGGGCCACAUCUGGUGUAGGUGCAUCUUCUGCUGCUUUGUUUCCAAGUCAGUGAAAACCUAAAAACAUGCGGAGAUGGGGAACUUUUGUUGAGAGCUGUUGGAGGAAGCUUCAGAGUCUGCGAAGUUGAGCAUUUAUUGUCGUGUUCUUAAGCUUAGGUGGGUCCUUUUCCAAGUUUGUUUUACAGCUUGCAAGGUAAAAUAGUUUGCACUACUUUUGCAAUAAACUCAUGAAAAACCUAACAGUUUCUGUUUUGGUUUCUUACUGUAUAUAUACAACUAAUACUAAAGAUUUAGCAUAGUGUUUCUCACCUCAAAACAUUAAGACUCGUAACAAGCUCAGAAUGCUGUAAUUCCUGACAAAAUAAUGAUGUGAAUGAUAUUUUAUAAAGUUAUUUUGUAUGGUGUCGAUUUUGUUUUGCCUCAUAGUAUGUCAAUAAAAUAAAUUUUUCUCAUCUUUA